GUGAUAGUAUCUAAUAAGAUUGUAUCAGAAAUUAACAGUUCUCCAGCCAAACAAUGGAGUGUGCAAAAGAGUACUCUUCAUCUGGCAAUACCCAAAGACCUUUUCUGAGUUUCGGACAACAUAAUCCGACGAAAAUGAUAUGGCUUCCACCAUAAGAAUCUGAUUUGAUGAAAAAGUCAAAUUCAGCUAACAGUCCACCCCCUCCUCUGGGUGGUUGUUGGAACCGACGGUCUCAAAUCUCUGUUGGAUGACCAUAACCAAGAUGUUCCAUUGGAAGAGUGUGCUUUUGGCUGCAUUUUACAUUCACAUAAAUCUAGUUUUAGGUCGGCAUGAAGAAGCCUUCGAUUAAUUUCAUUUGCGGAUGCCUUAUAUGAAUGCUGUGCUUUGUACGAGCUGGAUACUUACUUCCAACUUGUUUUCAAAAAAUUAAACCGUGUGAUCCGAAAAGUUCAUGCGAAAAAUAUUUAGACAGUUUUUCAACCACAGGCAUUAGAUCUCCUAUUGACCCGACUUGUUUUAUCGAAAGACUUCUGAGGAUAAAUUCCAAUUAUAUGAAUCAACUUCAAUUCAAAUGGUCCAGCAUUUCCUGGAGUACAUUAGUAGCAUGAAACAUGAAUGCCCAUUCAGAUGGUCUUAUUGGAACAGAAAAUUAAAAUCUAUCUAAAUGGAGGGCCUUGUUAGAUCUGAAAAUGGAUGCCCAUCUAAUGGGUGGCAAUUUGGGAGCCUAGGUAUACCCAUAAAAUCUGAAGCCAUAUUCUAUCAGAAAAUGAACGCUUCCGAUUGGAGGCCUUGCUAGAGCAGGGACGAGAUACCCUUUAGUUUGGAAAUUUUGUCGAUGUUCUGUAGUCUGGGCAAAUGGUGUUUCAAGGUAUUGGUGAGAUUCUUGGGAUCAAUGGGGUCCCAAGCCAAAGCAACCAUGAUAAUUCAGUACAGCAGAAUCUUUUGAAAAAGGUACCUUUCGUAAACAACAUCCGCAGUAGGAACAAGGAUGCAGGGUUUAGGAGAAAAAUCGCCCAAUGUUUUGGGGACUGUCUUCCAGGAACUAAGUUUUUGAUAGAUGUGAGAUCUGAUGAGCAGGAGAAGGUACAUCUCUGGUUAUCCACUAUGGCAAGGACAGAAAGCAGUUUGGUCUUCGAGUAUGUGCAUUCCACUGAAAGAGGUCUCAGUUUCAAGGAAGCAGAAGAGCGUCUAAAGGAAGCUGGGCCAAACAUUCCUGUCGGUAAUCUUAUUUCAUCUUGGUGGGACAUCUUCUCGACCGCAUUAUGGCAUCCAUUCAAUAUUAUUCUCUUUGUCUUAGCUGCGCUUUGUUUUAUAGCAAACGACAAGGCCAAUGGAAGCAUCAUGGUUACUAUGGUUAUUAUAAGUGUUAGUGUUCGGUUUUACCAGGAGUUCAGCAGUUCGGUGGCCGCACUAAAACUAUCCGAGCUAGUCAAAGCAUCAAUCAAAGUGCAACGAUGUGCAGGCAGGGAGGUCCAGACAGAGUUGCAAGUUCAAAUUGAUCAGAAAGAUGUUGUACCAGGAGAUAUUAUAAUUUUUAGUGCUGGAGAUCUUUUUCCUGGUGAUGUGCGGUUGUUAUCAUCCAAGUCUCUUGUUGUGAGUCAAUCUUCAUUGACAGGUGAAUCUGGGAUUGUGGAGAAAUUGGCAGAUGUCAUAGAAGAACCAACUACUCCCUUGCUCGAGCUGAGAAAUAUAUGCUUUAUGGGAACAAGUGUAGUUUCUGGCUCUGGUACCGGAGUGGUUGUGUCCACUGGCGAUAAAACUUACAUAAGCACUAUACUCUCUGCUCUGGGAAGACGAAGUCCACCACACGCAUUUGAGAAGGGUGUGAGGGGUGUCUCCUACGUGCUCAUUUGUUUUAUGCUUGCUAUUGUCCCUGUUAUCGUGAUUGUGGAUUAUUUUACAACAAGAGAUUUGGGUCGCAGUGUUCUUUUUGGUAUAUCAGUGGCAGUUGGGCUCACACCUCAGAUGCUACCCCUAAUUGUGAACACCAAUCUGGCAAGGGGAGCCCUUGCAAUGGCAAGAGAUAAGUGCAUUGUGAAAAGGCUGGUGGCAAUUCAGAAUAUGGGAGCCAUGGACAUAUUAUGCACAGAUAAGACUGGGACUCUCACCAUGAAUAGAUUAGUACUGGUUCAUCAUCUUGAUUGCCAGGGCAUGCCAAGUGAUAAGAUUCUGUAUUUUGCAUUUCUUAAUUCCUACUUUCAGACUGGGUCCACAAAUCCUCUGGAUGAUGCAAUAUUAGCAUAUGCUUACACUGGUGGGUACAGAUUUCAACCCACAAAAUGGAAAAAAAUAAAUGAAGUUCCUUUUGAUUUCAGUCGACGAAGAAUGUCAGUCAUACUUGAGGAAAGCAAUGAUAAUCAGGCCAGUAGAAAAAAACACAAUUCUCAUGCACAGAGAAUUAUGGUGCUGAAAGGAGCUUAUGAAGAGGUUCUAAAGGUUUGCAGUUUUGUUCAGAAUGACAUCAAUAAGGAUACUAUAGAGCCUCUACUUUCACAGGAUUAUCAGAGAUUACUAAACAUGGCUGAAGAACUGAGCAACGAUGGCCUGCGGGUUAUCGCUGUGGCAACAAGAAAUCUGAAGCCAGUCAUCUCAGAAAGUAGCUGCAAUGAUACUGCCGAGGAGAACAUGGUGUUCGUUGGCUAUCUAGUAUUUUUUGAUCCCCCAAAGGAGUCCGUCAAGGAGGCUCUUUGGCAACUUGCAGAAAAGGGUGUCAAGGUUAAGGUAUUGACAGGGGACACUCUUCCUGUCACAAUUAAAGUUUGCAAAGAAGUUGGCAUUCGCACAACACAUGUUAUUACUGGGCCCGAGCUUGAAUUGCUUGAGGACAAAAGCUUCCAUGAUGUUGUUCGAAAGGCGACUGUUUUAGCAAAGCUCACACCCAUACAAAAGCUGCAGGUAGUUGAGUCACUGAAAAUGGGAAAUCACAUUGUGGGUUUCCUUGGUGAUGGAAUCAAUGAUUCCUUAGCUCUCAAAGGUGCCGAUGUGGGAAUCACAGUGGAUUCAGGUGCAUCCGUUGCCAAAGAUCUAGCUCAAAUAAUUCUAUUAGAAAAGGACCUUAAUGUUCUUGUUGCUGGAGUUGAACGUGGUCGAAUAACACACGGCAAUAGCAUGAAAUACAUACAAAUGGCAGUUGCGGCCAACUUAGGAACUGUAGUCUCUGUGAUUGUUGCAACUGCUUGUCUUCCAUUUGAUCCGUUGACACCAAUGCAGCUCUUGACCCAAAACCUUCUUUAUGACAUCAGCCAAAUUUUCAUUCCUUGGGACAAAAUGGAUCCAGAAUAUGUUAAAAUACCCCACCAGUGGUCAGCAAAUGAUGUAGCUACUUUUAUGUUGUGUAAUGGUCCCAUAAGUAGCAUAUUUGAUAUUGUUACAUUCUUUUUUAUAUGUUGGUACUAUGAUGCAAACGUAGUGGACAAACAAGAUUUUUUUCAUUCAGCCUGGUUUGUGGAGGGACUUCUUAUGCAAACUCUCAUCAUCCACAUGAUGAGGACAGAGAAAAUUCCUUUCAUUCAAAGGAGGGCAUCGUGGCCAUUGAUAUGUGCGACUGUGAUAAUAUCUGCAAUAGGCAUAGCAUUUCCAUUUACCGUGAUUGGCAAAAUUAUGGGCAUGAAGAACUUGCCAUUUUCGUACUUUGGUUUUUUGGUUAUAGCUAUUUUGGGUUACUUCUUUGUCGGCCAGCUGGUGAAGAUGGCUUACAUUCGUGUUUUCAAGAGAUGGCUCUAACGUGUGAGUAUGGCUCGCAUUGUGUAUUCAAGAGAUGGUUGUAACAUGUAAGAAGGUUCCUUUUAUCCCAAGGAAGAUAACUUCCUGGUGGGUACAUCAUAAGAAAGCGGGAAUUUUAUUCGAGGUUUGUACAUUAUUUUGAGCCUGAACUAAUCAAAAUUUCUUUGCAUAAAAAUAGUUGGUUUAUUAAAUGAGAAACUUCACUUCUCCAAACUGAUCACUGAAUGAUCUUAGUAUAGCUUUGCAUGUACAUGAGGAUUUUGAUAUCAAUGUUUGAAAAAAUAUGAAUAUUGUAUUGCA